CUCAUGUAUAUAUUUUAUACGACGAAUAGUUUAUGAAAGUAGCUUCAGCUGCAAAGUGGACUACUCAUUUUAUAUAGAAAAAAGUAUAGCACGAGAUAGAGUGAGAGAGAGAGAGAGAGAGAGAGAGGGUUUUGUAGGAAGGAUAGAGUAAAAGUGGGAUCGAAGAUGGUGUCUCAGGUGAAGUGCUCCGCCCUCUCAUUGCGAUCUCCUCAUCUUCCCUUCAUCCCCGCGACGCAGAUCCCUCUUCGCCCCUGUUGUCUCAGAUUCAGGAGCUCUGCUCAGUUUCUUAAUCAGUGUACACGACGCUUGGUGCUAAAUUCUUAUUUGCAAAAUGGAAAAGGAAGAAGAGUGGGCAAUCCGGUAAAGAGAUCGGCUAACAUACUUGGUCCCGUUUCUGAUUUCUUGGCUAUUGCAUCUGCUGUCAAGGACUCAAUAUAUAUGCUUAACAAGGGGUCUGACGGAAAUGCUACUUUACAAUGCUUGGCAUACUACUUCAUCUUCAGAUUGGCCAUAAAAACUAAGCAUUGGAUAAUGUUGAUGAUGGUGAAACUGUCUGUAAUGCCAUCAUUUGUCAGCACGAGUUUGCCGUUUGCUUCUGUGUCCAACUCUCUCAACAAACCUGUACCUCUCCAGCUAGAUGUGACUUUCCCUUCUUUUCAAGAUAUCAAAUUGAGUAUUUCUCGGGCGUAUUAUCUAUUUAACAUGCAGCUGGAACGUAAUAUUGGCACGAUUUUUUUUGCUUUACUCGUGGCAUGCUUCUCGUUUGUCGUAAUUGGGGGUUUCCUAUUUUACAGGAUUAGGAAUAAACAGCAAUCGCUUGAGGAUUGCUUUUGGGAAGCUUGGGCUUGUCUUUGUUCAUCUUCUACUCACUUAAGACAAAAAACACGUAUUGAACGUAUAAUUGGUCUUGUUCUUGCUAUCUGGGGUAUUUUAUUCUAUUCCCGUUUGUUGAGCACAAUGACAGAACAAUUUAGAAACCACAUGCAGAGGAUUAGAGAAGGAGCACAACUGCAAGUUAUGGAGAGUGAUCAUAUUAUUAUCUGCGGUGUCAAUAGUCAUCUGUUUUUCAUACUGAAACAACUAAAUAAGUUUCAUGAGUCAGCCAUCCGCCUAGGUACUGCUACAGCAAGGAAGCAAAGAAUUCUUCUUUUAUCGGAUCUCCCGAGAAAGCAAAUGGAGAAGCUUGGAGAUAGCAUGAACAAAGAUUUAAAUCAUAUAGAUGUCCUUACCAAGAGUUGCACCCUUAGUUUGACAAAAUCCUUUGAGAGAGCUUCGGCUAAUACAGCAAGAUCCGUCAUUAUAUUACCAACAAAGAAUGAUCGGUAUGAAGUUGAUACGGAUGCAUUUCUUUCUCUUUUAGCUCUGCAACCUCUUCCUAAAAUGGCAUCUGUUCCAACUGUUGUUGAGGCUUCCAACUCUAGCACCUGUGAACUUCUGAAAUCAAUCACAGGAUUGAAUGUGCAGCCGGUGGAGAUGGUCGCUUCUAAGUUAUUUGUUCAAUGUUCUCGCCAGAAGGGCCUCCUCAAAAUUUAUAGGCACUUGCUUAAUUAUCAAAAAAAUGUGUUCAAUUUAUGUAUCUCUCCAAAUCUAGUAGGCUUGAAGUAUACGCACGUAAGGCAUGGAAUCCAAGAGGCAGUUGUAUGUGGAAUCUUUAGAGAUGGAAAAGUAAAUUUUCACCCAAGUGACGAUGAAGAGAUUAGACAAACAGACAAGUUGCUUCUUAUAGCUCCUGUUUAUGGGAGAAAAAAGCCACAACUAUCGCUCCCAGAUGUAUCAAAAGAAAAGCAAGGUUACACUUCUCAUGAUCUGAAGGUGAUUGAAAGUGAAGGAUCAAAAGAUAUAGCCCUCGAAGUGAAGAAAGCACGACUUGAGAGCAUUGUGAAGCGGCCUUCAAAAGCAAGCUCAAAGACUAGUGAAUGGAAUUUAGGACCAAGAGAGUACAUUCUUAUGCUUGGAUGGCGGCCAAAAGUUGGUGACAUGAUUCGAGAAUACGACAAUUACCUUGGACCCGGUAGUAUACUGGAAAUCUUAUCAGAAGCUUCUGUUGAAGAGAGAAACAGUAUAGUCAACCCUGUUGUCCAAAACCAACUGAAACAUAUCAGGGUUUCACAUCGGGUUGGAAGUCCUAUGAACUAUGAAACACUGAAGGAAGCAAUCUUAAAUAUGAGGAAAUCCUUCAAAGAUGCAAAACAUAUUCCCGUUUCAAUUGUAGUGAUAUCUGAUAGAGAUUGGCUGGUUGGAGAUCCUUCCGAGGCUGAUAAACAUUCAGCUUAUUCCCUCCUUCUUGCUGAAAGUAUUUGCAAAAAACACAAUAUAAAGGUUGAAAACCUUGUAGCUGAGAUUGUAGAUACAAGAUUGGGGAAACAAAUUUCUAGAAUCAGGCCAUCCCUUUUGUUUAUUGGAGCAGAGGAAGUAAUGAGCCUUGUGACAGCUCAAGUGGCUGAAAGCAGCGAGCUGAAUGAGGUGUGGAAAGACAUUCUUAAUGCAGAGGGUGACGAGAUAUAUGUGAAGGAAAUAUGCCUUUACAUGAAGAAGGGCGAGAAUCCCUCAUUUUCAGAGCUUUCGGAGAGGGCAGUUUUGCGUCGCGAAGUAGCUAUUGGUUAUGUCAAAGGCAACAAGCAGGUCAUAAAUCCUAGCAACAAGUCGGAACCACUAUCUCUUGAAAUGACAGAUUCGCUUAUUGUAAUAUCGGAAUUUGAUGGUAAAUAGCCAAUUGUGAAGCAAAGCACAUUCGUCUGCAGAAAAGGAUAUAGACUCGCUGCGGAGAUAUACUUCAUACUUCUUGGUACAAGAAAUGCAGAAUCGCUUGAAGAUUGUUACUGGAAGAAUAAGUUAUUCUUCAAAAAUAAUUGAUUCUGAUAUCUACCGUGAAGUCUUUAUUACUGGGUUCACAUACCCUAUUGUUUGAUCAUUCUAGAACUGUUUAGAAAAAAAAUUUCGCUAUUCCUUGGUGCGCACAAGCAAAUUAAUUUUGCUCUCCCACAUCCGAGAUGAGAUUUCUUGGCUGUAAACAAUAAUUGAGAACAUUCAAUUAUUAACUCAAAAAUCCUCUGUUCUUUCUCAAA